AUGGCCGAGGGCGAGCAGGAUUUCUCCGCCCUCCCUUUGCCCGAACGGUUCGCUCAUAAGAACUGGAAAGUACGAAAGGAAGGCUACGAGGAUGCCAAGGCGCAAUUCGAAAAGACCCCUGAUGAAUCUGACCCCAUAUUCGUGCCUUUUCUCCAGGACGCCAGUCUUUGGAAAGGGGCAGUCGCCGAUUCGAACGUUGCCGCGCAGAUUGAGGGUCUCGGGGCUUAUUGUGCCUUCCUGAAAUUCGGAGGUGCGGCGGCAUGUACAAGAUCUCGGGGGUUCACAGUCGGCCCGAUCGCGGAGAAGGGUCUCCCCUGCACCAGACCGGCUGGUAAAACGAGCGCGCAAGAAGCUCUCCUGUUAUGCGUCGAACUCGAUAAAGCAGAUCCGGUCCUCGAGGAUCUCCUACCGACCCUCUCGCACAAAGUCCCGAAGGUCAUCGCCGGUGCCCUGGCAGCCUUGACCGUCAUCUACCAUAGCUUCGGUUGCAAAAUUGUGGACCCGAAACCCACCCUUAAAGCGCUACCCAAGGUUUUCGGCCAUGCCGACAAGAACGUUCGAGCGGAGGCACAAAACUUGACCGUGGAACUAUACCGAUGGCUUCGAGAGGCCAUCAAGCCGCUUUUUUGGGCUGACCUGAAGCCCGUACAACAACAGGAUCUGGAGAAACUCUUCGAGAAUGUGAAGCAGGAGCCGACACCGAAACAAGAGCGAUUCACCCGCGCCCAGCAGGAUGCGAUGGCCGCGGCCAGCGCCGCUCCUGCCGGUGGUGAUGGCGCCGAGGAAGAAGGUGGUGAAGAGUUCGCUGAGGAAGAAGGAGAGGAGGUCGAUACCUUUGAUCUGGCCGAGCCCAUCGAUGUUAUGCCCAAGGUGCCAAAGGACCUCCACGAUCAACUCGCCUCAUCAAAAUGGAAAGAUCGAAAAGAGGCACUGGAUGCUCUUUAUAACGCCAUCAACGUACCUCGCAUUAAGGACGGUCCAUACGAUGACAUCGUCAGGGCCUUGGCCAAGUGUAUGAAGGAUGCCAACAUUGCAGUCGCAACUGUGGCAGCCAACUGUGUCGACGUGCUGGCCAAGGGCCUCCGGAAUGGAUUCGGGAAGUACCGGUCUGUGAUCAUGGUGCCUAUGAUGGAGCGUCUAAAGGAGAAGAAGCAGAGUGUCGCGGAAGCACUCGGCCAGGCUUUGGACUCUGUUUUCGCAUCCACUGACCUCUCCGACUGCCUGGAAGAUAUCCUGGAAUAUCUCAAACACAAGAACCCACAAGUAAAACAGGAGACCGUGAAGUUCCUAAUUCGCUGUCUUCGCACCACAAGAACUGUCCCGGCCAAGCCUGAGCAGAAGUCAAUCGCCGACGCAGGCACCAAGCUCCUCACCGAAUCUACCGAGGCUAUUCGAUCUGGUGGAGCUGAGAUCCUGGGAACACUGAUGAAGAUUCUUGGAGAACGCGCCAUGAACCCCUACCUUGAUGGACUCGACGACAUUCGCAAGACAAAGGUCAAGGAAUACUUCGAGACAGCAGAGGUCAAGGCCAAGGAGCGUCCCAAGCCCGUCGUUGCCCCUCCCAAGACCGCCGCACCGGCUGGCAAAAGGCCUUGCCGGGGAAGAGACCCGCGGCAGCCGGCAGCUGCUCCUGCUCAAGAACCUCCUGCUGCUAAACCGGCAGCCAAGGCAAUCCCUUCGAAGCUGGGAGGUGUUCCAAAGCCGGGUGGCCUGGCUGCCCCUGGAUCCAAACUUCGGAGUAAGCUUGGUGGCCCCGGUGGUUUAGCUUCUCCUCAGAGACGAGUUGCUGAACCACCUGCCGAAGAAGCAGCCCCAGCCCCAGCCCCAGCCCCACCCAAGUUUGGUCUUGGUCGAGGCCUUGCCGGUCGUCCAAUUGCAAAGCCUGCGGCUCCUACUGAGGCUGCUCCAGCUCCCGCCCCGGCUCCAGCUGGUAUGACCCCGGCCGAAAAGGCUGAAAUGGAGGAGCUUCGAGCAGACAAGGAGAAGUUCGCACGUAUAAUCGAGGACAUGAAGUCGGAAAGAUCAAACUUCAACUCCCAGCUCACUGAACUCCAGAAUCAGAACGCUCAAUUGAUUGAGGACCAUACUAGAGAUGUCUUGAGCAUCAAGGCUAAGGAGACUCAGUUGGUUCGAGCGCGAAGUGAUGCUGAAGCGGCUGAGCAAAAUGUUCAGAAGCAGCAGAGGGAGAUUGAACGUUUGAAGCGUGAGUUGGCACGAGCCCUCCGCGCAUCCGCGAUGAGCCCUCCCCAUGGCGGAUCUGAAGCCGACAGCAUGGGCAUGUCAGAGGCUGGUUCAAUGUACCAAGAGCCUGCCAGCAACGGCCAUAUGGCUGCAGCCAAAUCAGGGCUUCAUAUGGGAUCUCGAUUCGAGAAUACACGACCUCGCAGCUACGCAUCUAGCAACAUAAGCGAGGAGAAAGAAAACAACGGCCUAGAGUCCCCCGGUCUGGGUAGUCGAGACAGUGGGUUAGGCCGGCGCAAGCUCAGCCCGACAUACGGUUACUCCAAUGUCGGCAGCCCAACCCGUUCGUCGACAAGGAACCCUUCCAACCCAACCGACGAGGAGCAGCAGCCGCGAUCUGCUCAGCCUGCCGAGAACUGGAAGCGAGCUGCUGAAGUAACCAGCCAGCUCAAGGCCAGAAUCGAGCAAAUGAAGGCUAAACAAGGACUCUCACGACCUUCCGCGCAACGUUAA